UGUCAGUGGUGCUGUGAUUGUGGUUCUGAAUUUACUAUCUUUUUUUUUUUUUGGACUGGAUCAGUGAGUUUUUGUUUUGUUUUUUGGGGUGUGAGGAGUCCCUGCGCCAUCAUGAACCCGCCCUGUGGAAGAUGCAGCAAACCAGUUUACCCAACAGAAAAAAUAAACUGCCUUGAUAAGUACUGGCACAAAGGUUGUUUCAGCUGUGAGGUAUGCAAGAUGGCCCUGAGCAUGAACAACUACAAAGGCUUUGAGAAGAGACCUUACUGCAGUAUGCAUUACCCCAAAACCUCCUUCACCAUAGUGACCGACACCCCCGAGAACCUGCGUCUCAAACAACAGACCAUGCUCAAUAGCCAGGCGCUCUAUAAGGAGGACUUUGAAAAGAGCAAGGGGAAAGGUUUCAGCGUGGUGGCCGACACUCCAGAGAUGCAGAGAGUGAAGAAGACCCAGGACCAGAUCAGUCACGCUCUUUACAAGGAGGACUUUGAAAAGAGCAAGGGGAAAGGUUUCAGUGUGGUGGUCGACACUCCGGAGAUGCAGAGAGUGAAGAAGACGCAAGACCAGAUCAGUAACAUUAAGUACCAUGAAGAGUUUGAGAAGAGCAAGGUUCGAAGUGAUGCACCUCCUCCUGAAAAUAGAAACUAUGAAGAUCAACCACCCAACGCUGUACAAUACAAUCAGCCAGCCGGUCAAAUUCGCCCUCCUGUUGCAGCACCGCCCAGUGGAGGGAGGCGUUUCCAGGCCCUGUACAGCUACACAGCGGCAGAGGGAGAUGAAGUCUCUCUGCAGGAGGGCGAUCUGAUCUUGGAUGUGGAGCCGAUAGACGAGGGAUGGGUGUUCGGAUGCAACCAGCGCACGGGGCAGCGGGGGAUGCUUCCUGCCAACUACGUCCGACCUGUGUGAAAGCAAACAGCUGUCACCAACUACAAUAAAGCUUCUUCUAUAAUUUAACCUUCUGCAAACUAAAAACAAAAGCUAUUUAA